UCAUCCUCUGUACAAGGGCAGAAUUGUUUAUGCAAUGUAGUGCUUUGGUUUUGCAGGGCUUUUAUUGUUGGGUUUGAUUUUAUUUAUAUAUAUGUAUAUGCUAUGCUUAGAGCACCAUAUCUUAUCACCUGCUUUUAAAACCAAUUCCCAUAAACUAUUUUUAAUAAACCCCAGUCCUGCAAACACUUAUGCACUUGCUUUUCUUUAAGAGGAUGAGUAGUCCCACUGAAAUCAAAGUCAAGGGGGCCAGUCUCUCCGUUUAAUAGUUUCCCAGUGUUUUGAAAUCUGACCAUAACCGUGUUUACUUGCCGCUAAUUAUAGCGAGGUAGCUAGAAACUACCAGAUAGUCUUUUUGACUUUAAUUAUUAGCAGACAUAAAUGUACAAAAGCCAGAAACUGGCUGAGUAAACUUACUUUUAAAAUUAAAUGCUUAGGAGAUAUUGUGGGGUGGCUGGGGAAAGGAAGUGCGUUUCAGCUGUAGAGGAUCAUCCUGCUGACCGGCCUGACCACCUAUUAAAGUUAUACACACAAGGCUGCUUUUCACUAGAGGAUGGUGUGUGAGAAGAAUCGAGGAAGGUAAGCGAUUUGCCGAAAGGACGAAGGACCGGCAGCGAGGGACUCGGGGACAGUCCCUCUUCCACCUUUGGGUGCAGCGCUGCCCUUGCUCCUGAUGCGUCCCUACACGGAAGGGGCGGGUCCGUACGCGGGCGGGGCCUGAAGCGCUCGCUCGGCCUAAGGCCGCAGAGCCGCUGCCGCCGCCAUUUUGGUUUGCUGUGAGAAGGGUCUGAGACGGUGGUGCGCCGGUCCUGGGCCGGUGGGGUCCUGCCCUCCACGGGCCCUGUCAGUGCGGACGGGAGGAUGCGACGCGGAGAAGGCCGGAGUCCCUGACACGGCUGCAGGCGGCGGCGUUUUUCCUGGCGCCGGGGGAGAUGGACUCUGGAGCCCGCCAGGGCGGUGGCGCCUUAGGACAAUCCCGCGAGUAUAAACUGGUGAUGCUGGGAGCUGGCGGCGUGGGCAAGAGCGCUAUGACCAUGCAGUUCAUCAGCCACCGGUUCCCAGAGGACCAUGAUCCUACCAUUGAGGAUGCUUAUAAAAUACGAAUACGGAUUGAUGAUGAACCUGCAAAUUUGGAUAUUUUGGACACAGCAGGACAGGCAGAGUUUACAGCUAUGCGGGACCAGUACAUGAGGGCAGGUGAGGGAUUUAUCAUCUGUUAUUCAAUUACGGACCGACGCAGUUUUCAUGAAGUGCGUGAGUUCAAACAGCUCAUCUACCGUGUUCGGCGCACUGAUGACACUCCUGUGGUUCUUGUGGGGAACAAAUCUGAUCUGACACUGCUCCGACAGGUCUCCAAAGAAGAAGGCUCAGCUUUAGCCCGAGAAUUCAGCUGCCCUUUUUUUGAAACUUCAGCCGCAUUCCGCUAUUAUAUCGAUGAUGUAUUUCAUGCUCUUGUGCGAGAGAUACGUAGGAAAGAGAAGGAAGCAAUAAUGGCCAUGGAAAAAAAAUCCAAACCCAAAAGCAGCGUAUGGAAAAGACUAAAGUCACCAUUCCGAAAGAAGAAAGAUUCAGUGACCUGAAGGGGAGGGGAUGUAUCUGUCAAACUGUGAACUGGAAUAUGUAGUCAAAGCAGUCCAGUGACCUACAUUUUUGAGCAUUAUGCUUUCUCUAUUUUUUGACUAUUUUUAAAAGGAAAUCUAACUAUUGGGAGUUUGGGGGGCGGGGCUGCGAUUUACGUUGUUUAAAGUAAUCUUCCUCCCCUCCCCCCCUCCACCUCCCAUUUCAGAACAUUUGGUCUAUGACACAGCAGUGGGUUUUACUUUUGUUUACUGUCACUUUCUGACUUGUAUCCAGCAAAUGUCACUGAUGUAGUUGGUUGCAAAUGCUGUUACGUAUGUUCCUGCACUUUUAAAUGUCUAUCUUAAGGGAUCUCAGCAUAAUGAAAACCGCACUAUGU